AUGCCAAAAAAGAAGUGCUUAUCUGCAGGCAGAGUGCCCCUGAUUCUCUUCCUGUGCCAGAUGAUUAGUGCACUGGAAGUACCUCUUGAUCCAAAACUUCUUGAAGAUUUGGUACAGCCUCCAACCAUCACCCAACAGUCUCCUAAAGAUUAUAUUAUCGACCCUCGGGAGAACAUCGUAAUCCAGUGUGAGGCCAAAGGGAAACCUCCUCCAAGUUUCUCCUGGACUCGUAAUGGGACUCAUUUUGACAUAGAUAAGGACCCUCUGGUCACCAUGAGCCCUGGCUCAGGAACCCUCAUAAUCAACAUCAUGAGUGAGGGGAAAGCAGAGACCUACGAAGGCAUCUAUCAGUGCACAGCAAGGAAUGAACGUGGGGCUGCAGUUUCCAACAAUAUUGUCAUUCGCCCAUCCAGGUCACCGUUAUGGACCAAAGAAAAACUUGAACCAAUGACACUUCGAAAUGGUCAACCUUUAGUCCUUCCCUGCAGGCCCCCAGUUGGAUUACCACCACCUAUAAUAUUCUGGAUGGAUAAUUCCUUUCAAAGACUUCCACAGAGUGAGAGAGUUUCCCAGGGUCUAAAUGGAGACCUUUACUUUUCCAAUGUCCUCCCAGAAGACACCCGCGAAGACUAUAUCUGUUAUGCCAGGUUCAAUCACACUCAAACCAUACAGCAGAAGCAACCUAUCUCUGUGAAGGUGAUUUCAGUGGAUGAAUUGAAUGACACUAUAGCUGCUAAUUUGAGUGACACUGAGUUUUAUGGUGCUAAAUCAAGUAGAGAGAGACCACCAAUGUUUUUAACUCCAGAAGGGAAUGCAAGUAGCAAAGAGGAGUUACGAGGAAAUACCCUCUCACUGGAGUGCAUCGCAGAAGGAUUGCCUACCCCUAUUAUUCACUGGAUAAAAGAAGAUGGAACACUGCCCACCAACCGGACAUUUUAUAAGAAUUUCAGGAAAACACUGCAGAUCAUCCACGUUUCAGAAGCUGACUCUGGGAAAUACCAGUGCAUAGCCAAAAACGCCUUAGGUGUCAUCCACCAUACCAUCUCUGUUACAGUUAAAGCGGCUCCGUACUGGAUCAUGGCCCCUAGAAACCUGGUGCUGUCCCCAGGAGAGGAUGGCAACCUGAUCUGCAGAGCCAAUGGCAACCCCAAGCCCAGGAUCAGCUGGUUAACAAAUGGAGUCCCAAUCGAAAUUGCUCCUGAUGACCCCAGUAGAAAAAUAGAUGGUGAUAUCAUUAUUUUUUCAAAUGUUCAAGAAAGAUCAAGUGCGGUAUAUCAGUGCAAUGCUUCUAAUGAAUAUGGCUACUUACUGGCGAACGCGUUUGUUAAUGUGCUGGCUGAGCCGCCACGAAUCCUCACAUCUGCAAACACGCUCUAUCAGGUGAUCGCCAACACACCUGCUUUGCUAGACUGCGCCUUCUUUGGGUCUCCUCUGCCGACCAUCGAGUGGUUUAAAGGAACUAAAGGAAGUGCUCUUCGUGAAGAUAUUUAUGUCUUACAUGAAAAUGGAACUUUGGAAAUUCCUGUGGCCCAAAAGGACAGCACUGGAUUGUAUACAUGUGUUGCAAGGAAUAAACUGGGGAUGACAAAGAAUGAAGUUCAGUUAGAAAUCAAAGAUCCAACAAGCAUCAUUAAACAGCCUGAACAUGCAGUUGUACAAAGAGGAGGGAUGGUAUCCUUCGAAUGCAAAGUGAAACAUGACCAUACCUUAAUCCCCACAGUCCAGUGGUUGAAGGACAAUGAUGAGCUGCCCAAUGAUGGAAGGUUCACCGUGGACAAGGACCAUUUGGUGGUAUCUGAUGUAGGUGACAGCGAUGGGGGGACAUAUACAUGUGUGGCCAACACAACUUUGGACAACGUCUCUGCCAGUGCUGUGCUUAGUGUUGUUGCUCCUACUCCAACUGCCGCUCCCAUUUACGAUGUCCCAAAUCCUCCCUUUGAUUUAGAAUUGACAAAUCAUCUCGACAAAAGUGUUCAGCUCUCUUGGACCCCGGGUGAUGACAACAAUAGUCCUAUUACAAAAUUCAUCAUUGAGUAUGAAGAUUCAAUGCAUGAAGCAGGGCUGUGGCACCACCAAACAGAAGUCUCUGGAACUCAGACCACAGCCCAGCUGAAGCUGUCGCCUUAUGUGAACUACUCCUUCCGAGUGGUGGCAGUGAACAACAUCGGGAGGAGCUUGCCCAGUGAGGCCUCAGAACAGUAUUUGACUAAAGCAGCAGAACCGGAUAAAAACCCCACGACUGUAGAAGGGAUCGGAUCCGAGCCAGACAACCUGCUGAUCACCUGGAAGCCUUUGAAUGGUUUUGAGUCCAACGGGCCAGGCCUGCAGUACAAAGUGAGCUGGCGCCAGAAAGAUGGUGACGAUGAAUGGACCUCUGUGGUCGUGGCCAAUGUGUCCAAAUAUAUUGUCUCAGGCACGCCAACCUUUGUUCCAUACCUGGUAAAAGUCCAGGCCCUAAAUGACGUGGGGUUUGCUCCAGAGCCAGCUAUAGUCAUGGGACAUUCCGGAGAAGACCUUCCAAUGGUGGCUCCUGGGAAUGUGCGUGUGAAUGUGGUGAACAGUACCUUAGCUGAGGUACACUGGGACCCAGUACCUCUGAAAAGCAUCCGCGGACACCUACAAGGCUAUCGGAUUUACUACUGGAAGGCACAGAGUUUAUCUAAAAGAAGCAAACGUCACAUUGAAAAAAAGAUCCUCACUUUUCAAGGCAGCAAGACUCGUGGCAUGCUGCCUGGACUGGAGCCCUUUAGCCACUACAUACUGAAUGUCCGAGUGGUCAACGGGAAAGGGGAGGGUCCAGCCAGCCCUGACAGAGUCUUUAAUACUCCAGAAGGAGUGCCCGGUGCGCCAUCCUUUUUGAAAAUUGUUAAUCCCACACUAGACUCUCUCACUUUGGAAUGGGAUCCACCAAGCCACCCAAAUGGCAUUUUGACUGAGUACACCUUGAAAUAUCAGCCAAUUAACAGCACACAUGAAUUAGGCCCGCUGGUAGAUUUAAAAAUUCCUGCCAACAAGACACGCUGGACUUUAAAAAAUUUAAAUUUCAGCACUCGAUAUAAAUUUUAUUUCUAUGCACAAACAUCAGCAGGAUCUGGAAGUCAGAUAACAGAGGAAGCAGUAACAACUGUGGAUGAAGGUAAGAUGGCAAUGGCAAGCCGGCAGGUGGAUAUUGCAACUCAGGGCUGGUUCAUUGGGCUAAUGUGUGCUGUCGCUCUCCUUAUCUUAAUUUUGCUGAUUGUUUGCUUCAUCAGAAGAAACAAGGGUGGUAAAUAUCCAGUAAAAGAAAAGGAAGAUGCCCAUGCUGAUCCUGAAAUCCAGCCUAUGAAGGAAGACGAUGGAACUUUUGGGGAAUACAGUGAUACAGAAGGCCAUAAUCCUUCAAAAAACGGAAGUCGAACGUCUUCAAACAGAACUGUGAAAAAGGGAGACAGUGAUGAUAGUCUAGUUGACUAUGGAGAGGGGGUGAACGGCCAGUUUAAUGAGGAUGGCUCCUUUAUUGGACAAUACAGUGGUAAGAAAGAGAAGGAACCAGCUGAAGGAAAUGAAAGCUCAGAGGCACCGUCUCCCGUCAAUGCCAUGAAUUCCUUCGUUUAAUUUUUAAGCUCUUUGCCAAUAUCCCAUUUCUCUAGAAUGUUUAUCUUAAGCACUUGGCUGUCUGUCCUCUUAUAUACUAUGAACAUAUAGGUAGAAAAUGUAUUUUCUACUGUAUGUUGUUAUCAUAAGAACAGUUAGACCAAGAACUUAAUCAGUCAAAUGAUAAUGUGAACUGGAGUGCAAAGUGCAUACUUUUUUCUUCAAAAUGGGUAUUCUUGAUUUCCUCUGCGCUGAUAAAAUAAUACAGCAUCGUCAACAGAUCGUGUUAUUUCCUCUGGAUACACUUCAAUAUGAUGCAUGAAAAAAUUCUAUACAUUUAAAAAGCAUACCUGUGUAUAUUAUUAAAACAUGGUUCGAUACUUUGUUGAUACUGUCCUCUGCUGAACCCCUGAAUAUGAAUUCCGUUUUCAUUGUC